AUGGGAGAGCCGGAGGUUGCGCCGGGCAGAAAGAACCCUGCCCAUAUAAUCCGCAAGUCGCAGCACCUCAUCCCAGGCCGUUUUGCCUUCCUCCCUCACCUUCCCUUUCUUCAGUCCACCUUUUUUUUCCUCAUCUCUUCUUCUCGUCUUCUCUCCUCCUCUUUGCUUUUUUGCUCUCCGUUUUUUCUUUUCUUUUUCGUUGCUUUUUUUUUGCUUCUUUUGCGCUCCAGCUCCGCGGCUCCACUUCCUCUUUUGGAAAACCUUGACUGGACUUCGUUCUUGUUUUACACUACAGAGGACCGUGAUAGUCUCAGGAUAGCAAAGAAGAAGAAAAAAGAGUAG